AUGUUGAGAUCCAAGUACAUGUACAUGUACAUAGCCUCUUGUCAUAGGCGAAUCUAAUGUUUAUCCACUGGCGCUAGGGCCGUGGGUCAUGAGGCAUCUCUCUUUGUAAAUGCUUAAAUGUUAAAUAUUGUAAUGGAGUCACUGCCAGUUGCUGUCAUGGUCCGUAUCUUCUCAUUUUUAGAGGUCAAAGAAAAAUGUAACGCUGCCAGAGUCUGCCGAUCAUGGUAUCAUCUUGUGCGUGAGAAGCAGUUAUGGAAGUAUGUGGACCUGACACCCUUUCGAGUCAACCUCCAGGCAACUUGGAAAAUCAUUCGCUGUUACUUCACCGAUGCCCUCAGGACCCUCCAUCUGCGAGGCUUCAUGUAUUCCAUCAAGAAGACGGAGUGCCUCUCUAAUGCUGUGCUGAAGGACCUGUGCGAGCGGUGCCCCAAUUUGGAGGAGCUACACAUUAAGGAUGCCCUUCUCACCAACAUCGACUCGGGCAACUUGCCGCCAACACUGAAGGUCCUGACACUUCAGCGGUGUGCGACCCCAUCUGGCUGGUUUCAAUCGGCCGUGGACCAGGGCCGUUUUGGCCAGCUGCAGGUACUCAGCAUGUCGUGGAGCACCGGGUUCUGCGACAAAGACCUCAUUCAUUUGGCCUCGCUUCCCGGAGGGGGCCAACUGGAGAGCCUGGACUUCUCCAACUGCUACCGGAUCUCGCACCAGGGUUUCCUGAGCAUGGCUGAGAAUCUCACCUGCUUGAAGCAUCUGCACAUCCCCGAGACUAACGUUGAGGAUGAAGACAUGCAUUUCAUCUGUCGCCACCUUAAAGAGAUGAAGACCCUAACCUUACAUGACUGUGAAGCACUGACAGACCUCUGCAUAGGAUCAUUGGCCACUCUCACCAAUCUACAACACCUUGACAUGAGAGGGAGUGCAAUGAAGAUCACUGCAGGUGCUCUCAUUGGACUGGUGGGAAAACUAAAAAAUCUUGAGUGCUUGUGCAUAUCCGUGUCAGAAGGUCUCACAGAAGCUGAUUUGGAACAGAUUGCGGGAGUAAAUGUCAAGUGUCGCAUUAUAAGCAACUAGAUACUCUUGUCCAAAUCAAAGUCUUUCCCAGGAUUAUUGUCAAAGAUCUAACACUGCAAAAUACUUGUCCGUGGUUCUUGUUUGAUGUACAUAUAUCACAUUUCCUGCUUGGUUUUUAACCAAUCCGCUGCUUGAUAGUCCAUUAGAUGCUGUAACAUGUUCAUCAUCCAUGUCCACAAUUGGGCAUGUUUGGUAUUCCAACAAAACCUGCACAAAAUUUAGCUUGGCCAAGGUUAUUUGGGAGUAACAUUAUGCACAUGAGGUCUGUCCUAUCAGUGCGGGUCCAUGCCUUGUUCUGGAAGUUUCCUUUUGAAAUACUAAACAAACUAAACUGGCUCAUUCAUUGAGCAAAAUUUACAAAGAAAUUUGUGUUACCAGUUCAAAUUGACUUCUUCGACAUGACAUUCAACCUUUUAACUUUUUUAGGACUAGAUGUUGAAUUGUCUGAACUCUGAAAUGUGAAGCCAUUCAUAAAUAGAAAAAUCAAUAUUUGCCAAAUGGAAAAAAAUAAUUCUGCCUUUACAUAUAAUAUUGAAGAAAUACUUAAAUGUGAGAUAUUCCAUGCAGUUAAGUAAGAAAUGUGCCAUGGGCAUAGCUGGGAUUUCACUCACACCACACUACCUCACACCAUGAGGAAAAGGCUUUUUUGCUGUUUUUGUAAUUUUAAGAAGAUAAUUUAGUGAUACAUUGUGUUAAAUAGAUGUACCAGUCAUAUAAUAGCAAUAGCAUUUAUUUUAGUUUUUUACAGGUGAUUGAUGCAAUGUUUAUUAUAAUUGUAUUUUAAAAAAUCGUGUCAUUUAUUCCUAUUAAUGCAAUCUUGAAUGUAAUUUCUAUUUUGAGACUGCAUUAUGAUGAUCUUUGUCAUAGGAAUUACAGUAUAUAUACAUUUCAGCUGUUUUUGCAUUGUCUCAGACAUUCAGAUCAACUCCAUAACUUAAGUUAAACACUGAUUUAAAUUUAGAAAUUGAUUAAUAUUGACAGUGAAAAUAAGAAUAUAGUAAAUAUAAAUAAAACAAUUAUACAUAGAUAUCUGCUUUGUACAUAAGAAGCAUCCACUGUUGUCAGUUAUAGACCGAUUUGUUGAAGCCAUUACUGUGGUGUCCCUCGUCACUCAUGCGCACACUCCUAAACUUGACGAAUGAGUGAUGUUGGUUACCAGUGCGCUCCACUGUGCAUCUUUUUUGUUCACAUGCGUGGGGACACCGCAGUACUAAUGGCAACUGAUUCUUGUCACUGGAUUGGUCUGUGUUCCUCAUCUUUCUCUCCUGUUCUGGACAUUUUCUUUUUUGGGGGGGGGUUUUCAUUUGCAACAACGAGGGCUUCCAGCUUAUGUUAGCUUGAGCUAACAUAUAUGUUUGGAUAUGAAAUAAAGCCACCGAGCUACUUUUUUUCAUAUGUACAAACCUAGACAAACAUGUACUACCUUCAGGUCUUGGUGUUUCACAUUCAAAAUGCAAGAGCACUGUAAAGUUGGAUCUUGUUAGCUUCCAAUAUUUAUUUUGGUUUCUCUAAAUUUAAGAUAAAUUGAAUAAAA